AUGGGCAACAUGAUGGGAGGAGCUGGAGGUGCGCAAGGUCCACCUAUUCCAAAGACUCAGCUGGUCAGGAUUCUCUCAAAAGCUCGCAAGCUGAUCCUCCGACGAAUGCUAGAAGCCAAAAGAGCCAACAUCGAAGAACGAAUUCAAUUCUAUAAGAAUGACGCUGACAAAUACAAGGAAUGCAUUAUGAAAUUCGCAAUGGGCCAACCAGCAUUGAUCCAAGGUGCUUUAGUCGAAGUGUGCCAAGAGCAAAAUGUCAACGUCGCCUCGAUCGGCUCUUCAAUUCAGCAACACAUGUUCGACCCUGAAGUGCAGAAUAUGAUUUCUCUUAUGCAAACCAUCACUGGAGAUAUGUGCGAAGGGCAGCCAUUCCCAGAAGAGUUUGAUAAAGAGAGGUUCAAAGAAAUCUUGAGAAUCCAAACGGCAGAGGUUGCAAAAUAUACAGUUACUGAUCAAAUUUCAUCGAUGGUCGCUCAGACGGCAUCUGCAGAUGAAGUUUUUCAACUUUAUGGGCUGAAUGAAAUACAGUUAGGAGCCCUCGCGAUAAAAUAUGAAAGUGAUCCGGACGCGGAGUUGAGAGAACUUAAAGAGAGAUGGAAUGAAGUUACACGUAUGGAUCUCAUACUUAACCAACCGCAAAGAAUGGCCCCUCAGCAACACCAACAUGGGCCAGGAUGCCAGCACAAUCAUAGCCAUUAA